AUGUUCAAGCAGAUGCAGCCCGCCGCUCAAGUCGAUUCAAUGAUCCCGUCACCCGAAUUUCCCAUAAGAAAAGCAUUUCACUGCCUUCCCAGGACCUCCAUCACAGCAGAUGCUUGUCAUGGCGCCAGGAAAGACCCAGGACCUGUCUAUGAGACAAAUGAAGAGGCCGAGAACAACACGCACUUCAGACGGCGAGUCCUCAUUGAUAAUGUCAGCCGAUGGGCGGACUGGAGAACAUGUCCGCCUAAGGAACUCCCAGACUCCCCGGAGCACUCAUCAUCGGAUGGAGAGACACGAGGCGAAGAGGAGACAGACACCAUGGAACUUGCCAACGGCGAGGUUCCAUCAGAAGCUGGCCUUCCGGCGCUUCUGUCAUCAGCGCCGCAGUCGAGCCUCGACACUCAAACCAAUGAGAGACUGAGCGGCUCCACGAAGCAUCAGCACGAGACCACGGCCGGCCUGGAGAGCAAGAUGAAUGCCCUAUGGAGCAUGGUUGAUAGCCUUGGAGUACAACUUGUGAAAGUUCGUCCGGACAGAUCGUUGCUCAUUGGCAGCGAGAUUGACGAGAUUUUGGACCGUCUUGUCAAUCUCGUUGUCAAUGUCGACAGUACAAGGUCUAUGGCACAAGAGACCAAAGAGUUGAGCUCGGAGGCAAAAGGCGAGAUUUCGUAUCACCUUGUCCGUGCUUUUACGCAUAAUAUCGUUGUCACAGAGAACUUUAGCAAAAAUGAGAAUGAUACACCCCGUCUUUCCCAUAGGGUCAUGUCUACUUGGUUAGAAUUGACACAGGGUGGACGGGCAACGCUCAUUGAUAUCAACUCCUACCUGAAGGAGGGGGCUUGUGCAUUUGGGAUCUGUUAUGACCUUGCCAGGGAUGGGAAUGGCCGUCACACUUUAAGUGAUUGGACAUACAUUCCAGGCAUUGCUGUUGCCAAAUGGCGGUCCGAAUUCAAGUCGAACGUCACCUUCUACGAGAUCCUAAACACAGAUGUCGAGCGCAGUACCAGACAGUAG